AUGGACGCAUAUGCCUGUGUGAAAUCAGGAAAGCUGAAACUUAAAGGACAUGCGGACAAACCGAGGAAGCGAAAGCACAAGUCCAAGUCAGAGUCAACUCGUGCGGCAAAGGUGGUGAAAAACGCCUUCACAGAAGACCUAGAGGCUCAUGGCGGCUGGUGGGGUAUCUCGAAGUUUUGUGACGUCAUCGGCCCUGUUGCGAUUCAAAUGACAGGGCUUGCCCCACAAGCACCAUCCAGUGAGACUAGUGACCAGCCGACUCCUCUGCCACCAGCGUAUUAUCUCUCCGCUUCAGAUGACGGUUUUAUCAACCUCGGUCCUCCUAGAAAGGCGGGCGAGACUCCUGCACCGGAGGAAAUAUUUACAGCAGUCAAGGUCUCAGAAACGAAAGUCGCCUUCAAAACUGGCUAUGAUAAAUACCUGACUGCCGAUACUGGCGCUCAGAAUCUCGUAACGGCCGCAGCCGAUGCAAUUGGACCGAGGGAGCAGUUUGAGCCUGUCUUUCAAGACGGCAAAACGGCGCUUCUCUCUUUCAACAACUGCUUCAUUUCCGCCGACCCAGUCACGGAUCGAGCAAUCUGUCGUGCGCCAAAGGCUGGUGACACCGAAAUGCUUGUUAUACGUUCAAACAAGGAUCUUACUCACAACGCCCUCUUCGACCUACCAGAAGAGGAGCGACACGGCACCAAAAAGGCUGAAUAUCUCUAUGUCCGCAAAUUCCAGAGUUGGCAAGAUAAGAAGAUCCGACUGACCCGCGAGGACACGGCGGCCUUGAAGGGCGCCAAACGUGACGGCACCUUGCACGAGUGCAUGCUGGACAGGUGA